AUUAUGACCAAGUUGGUCGGUAGAAGGUUCUCACAAUGACGUUAAGCAAGACAAUCAUGUGUGUAUGUGUCCACACAGCCGACAUGGUCCUGAGGCUCCUUUGUGUGUUGUCCUGCAUCGUGCUACUGCCGCGAUGGUCAGAGACAAAAUCGCUGCUCGAUGCCAUCAAACCCGAAGAAUCGGCGACAGUGAGUAUAGAUGCGGAUCAAGCUAACGCUUUUCUCUCGCGAUCUCGGCGGAACGUGGACCCGCGCUGGUACCGACAGUAUCCUGACUUCCAGUCCUACUAUCGCUACUACAGCAGCAUUGGCCACACUGAAGGGCUGUAUGAGGUCGACCGGAUCCGAAUGCUGUAUCAGAAGAUGAGACAGCUGGAGCAGGUGUAUGGUCCUGAUGCUGCCAAGUUCCAGAACAAGCUCGGUGUUCCGUUGCUGGCCAGAUGUGACCCGUCCAAAGAUGAACAUUGCAAACUUCCCCCUCCUCCCGCCUCUGUAAAAGGCCCUGCUCCACCACCUCCUGUCUUGAAGCAAAUCUCUGCCCCACCCUCUGCUCUUGGAAAAAGCCCCUCGCAGGCUGACGUUGUUUACCUGUGUAAUAUCAAAGAUCCUCUGUGUAAGCCUCACAUCGUGUAUCUGCCCUCAGGGGCAGUGCCAGUGCUCUGUGACCCCCGAUACAAUCCCAGCUGUAAGCUGGAAGGCCCACCUCCUCCUCCACCUUCCUCGGUCAAAGGCCCCGCCCCUGUACCACCUCCCACACCUGUAAUCCGUAAAGGAAUGGAGUAUGAUUGUGACCCCUACUGGGACCCCGACUGUCUCAUCGACAACCCUCAUCGCUCCGUCAAGGGUAAAUCCCUUCCCCCUCCACCUGAGCCUGAAGAAGAAGAAGAGGAGGAAGAAGAGACACCAGCGCCACCUGCUCCCAUUCGUAAGAAACUCGCCUAUCCGUACUACGGUUCUCCGUAUCAAUAUGACUUCCACUCAGAGCUGUACAAUCCUGCUCGCUUUUCUUACCCUUCCCCCAACUCUAAAUAAAUAAACAUGUAAUCAGGAGGUAGUUACGCCAGGGUUAUACUUGCUUUGAACUACAUGUACACAAGAAGGAUGCUGUGUUCAUUCAGUGCCUCAAUCGAGCACUGAAUGAAAAUAAACAAAAAAAACCCAAUCACAAACGGCAAGGGCGGUACGUGAAGCAAUAUCGUCGACAACAUUGAGAAAUCUACUCUCCAGUGUCUUUCGAACAUUUAAUAAACUGAUAUACUCUCGACGCUGGAGAUCACGCUCAAGUCAAACAGGAAUAGACAUGGUCUUCUCAACUCCUGCCAUCGUCACUGAUUUAAGAUCUCGUCAGAGAAGGUCUUCCAGAAGGUGCCGAUCACGUACAAAUGUUUCGGCUUUGAUCUGCCCCCUAGCGCACAGACCGUUUAAUCCUUCGGCCGACGUCGCUGCCACAUCGUCAUGUCGUAAAAUAUAAAUCAAGUAUAACCCUGGCCUUCGACCUUCACAAUACAAACACAGCACUAGAGCUUCUAAAUCGAAACCUGUUACAGAAUUUGUCAUUGUUCUUCAUUUUCACUUCUUCUGACUCACGUUUGUUUAGCAUGUAUGUUAGACAUCCAUGUGGAAAUAAAACGAAUUAAAAUACA